AUGAUGCCCUUACAGGAGUUCGUGAGUGUCUGGGUCCGAGACCCCAGGAUUCAGAAAGAGGACUUUUGGCACUCUUACAUCGACUAUGAGAUAUGUAUUCACACUAAUAGCAUGUGUUUUACAAUGAAGACAUCUUGUGUACGCAGAAGGUACAGAGAAUUCGUGUGGCUGAGGCAAAGACUGCAAAGCAACGCGUUGCUGGUAGAAUUACCAGAACUUCCAUCUAAAAACCUAUUUUUCAACAUGAACAAUCGCCAGCAUGUUGACCAGCGCCGCCAGGGCUUGGAAGAUUUCCUCAGAAAAGUCCUGCAGAACGCACUUUUGCUUUCCGACAGCAGUCUCCACCUCUUCCUGCAGAGCCACCUGACCUCCGAGGACAUCGAAGCAUGCGUUUCCGGGCAGACCAAGUACUCGGUGGAAGAAGCAAUUCACAAGUUUGCCUUGAUGAAUAGACGGUUCCCUGAAGAAGAUGAUGAAGAAGGGAAAAAAGACAACGAUGUAGAUUAUGACUCAGAAAGUUCAUCCUCUGGGCUUGGACACAGCAGUGAUGACAGCAGUUCACAUGGAUGUAAGACAAGCCCAGCUCUGCAGGAGUCAUGAAAAGGAAUUCUAGGGCUACCACAUCUGAAACAGAAUUGUGCCCAGCCAGGAAGAAGCUCACAAUGGCUUCUUACCUAGUGCCACUGUCAUGAUCCUAGGUAGUUGUUAUUAGUAUUAGGAUUUUUAUGUUGUUUAAUUUUAGCCAAGCUUCUGUAUGAAGCUAAUAAGGUCUGUGAAUGCUGUACAACCCUUUAUUGCCAUAUAAUACUUGUAAAUAUGAUCCUGCUCUCAAGUGAAAUGAGUUAUAGCUCCAGUUAGCCUUGACUGAAUUUUAAAGAGCUAGGUGUUACCAGGAGCAUUCCAAACUCAGACAGAGCAUCCUUGCCUUAUCAAUAAGGAAGUGACUAGAAACACAGCGUGUGACUGGAGCCAGGGUACGGAGUCACGACACAGGAGACUGCCUCGUUGGCACAUGGCUCUGUUUUGUGGAGACUUCCCCUGCUCUGGAAAAUACUUUGCUUUUAGGUAUUUGAUUGAAAUAUUUAAGAGUAUUUAAGCUUUCCAGUGUAUCACAUGUAAAUGGAAAAUAUGUCUUACAAAUAGAGACAUACUAAAAUAAUGUUUACAUCUUAGGGGAGAAAAAAAGAAAACCCCAGAAGUGUUCAUAGUUUUGCUUAAAUUUGCCAUAUGUAGAUUUAGAAAUAAACCCUCCCCAUUCAAAAUCAGCAUCACGUGCUUUCUGGCAACACGUCGUCCUUUUAUCAUUGUGUCAUUACAGUCACGGCUUAACGAUUUAUUUUCUGACAGUUUAUAAAGUGUGCAUUGAAAAAAAAAAUCACCAGGUAGCUUUCAUCAGUGGUGGCUCCUCACUAUUUAUUUUUAAGUUAGAAGGUUUAUACGUAUAUAAGAGUUAAUUUAAUUUUACCCAUAGAU